CAAGAAUGCAUUUAUGUAUCCAUUCAGCUUUUAUUAUAUUUGAAUAACUAAAACAUUCUUCAUAAUCUUUGAUACAGUGUUCAAAACAUUAUGAUCUUUUGAUAUUUUUUAAACAGUUCUUGUUCAUGAGUGGUUUCAAGGCUAAAAGAAGACUAAAAUGUGGGGUUUUAUAAUUGAUAGAGAGGCCUAGGCAUUUAAAUCACCAUACUUCAAGAAUCAUGGUGUAAAAUGUUAUUAGGUUGGUGCAAAAGUAAUUGUGGUUUUUGCAAUUCUUUUUAACAUUUCAAACCGCAAUUUUCCACCAAUCUAAUAUAUUUUAUAUGGCAAUUGACAAAUCUAAUCUCAGGAAUUCAUAGACUUCUCCCCCCGACCCCCACCAAUAGACCCAAGCUCCAUCUUCUUAAACCCCCUAUAAACCAAGUCAGUACAUUUGGUGUUGGUGUCUAAAUACUCGACAGAAAAUUACCAGCACAUUUUGUAAAUCAUAUCAAAUUUUCUUGACACUUUUUGACAUUGUGCUUUGACAAUCUAUCAGCACUACAUACACAUCUUAUCAAAAGAGAAACACAGAUUGAAUUAACUCAGUUGAAUUUGUACUUCUCUACCAUCAAUAAUAACCUCUGCCCCAUGCCAUCUGCUUACUUACACUUAUCUAGAGAUGAUAAGAACCCCUGCGAGGAGUAGAAAAUAGCGCUGGGGUGGAUCUAAAAGUGCUCUGAGAGUAUUUAGAAUACACAUGGGUUCAGAAAAUGGCCCUUCCCUUCUUGUAGGAGAAAAGGAGCUGUCUCUCGGAGCAGAACUAUGGUUCACAACCCUGGCUGCACGUUAUGAUUACUGGGGUCAUUUCAAAAAUACUAAUGCCCUUAGAUAUUGGGAUUUAAUUUGGUCUGGGAUAGGGUUCGGGCAAGGUUUUUUAUUUUAUUUUAUUUUUUAAAAGACCCAAAUGAUUUUAAUGUGCUGUCAGGGCCUUAGAAUUAAGUAUAUUCCAGGUUCAAAUCUUUUCUGUGUGAUCUGAGACAUGUUAGUAAGCCUCUCUGAGUCUGUUACUUUAUCUGUAACAUAAAGAUUUUGUUUUUCUUUAAGUCUACUUCAUAGAGUUAUUUGAAGGGGAAUGGUUAGAAUAAAUAUGGGAGAACUUCCAGCAGACACCCUAACACAUAGCUGGUACUCAAUAAAUAUAUGUUAGAUCUAUGUUCAGAUUAAACAAUACAUUGUCUUCUUGUGUCUCUUACUUUUCCCUCCUCCAAUAUCUGCCAUUUCUUUUUCAAAUGUCACCCAAGGUACCUGAGGGAAAUGAGAACAGAAGUUUCUUCCUUCAAGCUUCAGUGGGCACAAAGAGCUCCCCAUUCCCCAAAUCUAAAGUGAUCUUAUAUAUUCAACAGCAACUGAGGAACUGGGGCCAUAUUGAAAGGAGAAUGGGGAGUGAAGUGUGACCUGGGGUAGGUAACCCAUGUCUUUUUCUUUCCAGGAUAAGUCCGUGGUUUUGGUAGUCAGAGAGGAAUGCCCUGAACUCUGAGCAAGAGGAACCCCCUGAAUGUUGCUCAACGGCCAGCUCGUCAAAGGAGAAGUAUGCGUAUGUGACCAAACAGUGGUACCGGAAGAAGGUCCUCAGAAACAAGGAAAGUCUGAGAAAACUGCCACAGGCAAGAGGAACCCACGAAGACAUGAGGAUUGCAGAUUUGUGGAGGUGGGAAUGUUGGAUGUGCAGCUGGACAAGGUGCUCUUCCUGAUGGUCCCCGAGGGCGCUCGUCCUCAGCCCUCUUCCUCCCCGGCAGGGGCAGUGCCCACUCCUUCGGACGUGGGGCCAGGGUCGCAGGGUGGGACACCUCAGCCCACCGAGGAGACUGAAACUCCCAGGGCCGUGCCUGGGAGCUCUACGGGGAGCCCUACUGUCGUAACCCCUUCGGCGCCUGGGAAUAGGACCGCGGACCUCUUCCCAGUCUUGCCGAUCUGUGUCUGUGACUUGACUCCUGGUACCUGCGAUAUAAAUUGCUGCUGCGACAAGGAUUGCUAUCUUCUUCAUCCGAGGACAGUUUUCUCCUUCUGCCUUCCAGGCAGCGUGAGGUCUUCAAGUUGGGUAUGUGUGGACAACUCUCUAAUCUUCAGGAGUAAUUCCCCAUUUCCUUCAAGAGUUUUCAUGGAUCCAAAUGGAAUUAGGCAGUUUUGUGUCCAUGUGAACAACUCAAAAUUAAACUAUUUCCAGGAGCUCCAAAAGGUCAAUGCAAGCAACUUCCAGGCCCUGGUUACAGAAUUUGGAGGCAAAUCAUUCACUUCCACAUUCCAAACCCAAUCACCAUCAUCUUUUUACAGGGCUGGGGACCCCAUUUUGACUUACUUCUCCAAGUGGUCUGUAAUAAGCUUGCUGAGGCAACCUGCAGGAGUUGGAGCUGGGGGACUCUGUGUCGAGAACAAUCCUGCAGGUUUCCUAGAGAGUAAAAGUACAACCUGUGCUCAUUUCUUCAAGGACCUAGCAAACAGCUGCACCUCGGAUCCAGCCCUCAAUGCUGCCUCUUACUAUAACUUCACAGUCUUGAAGCUUCCAAGAGGUAUGACUGAUCUGCAGAAUAUGAAGUUCCAGGUUCCUGUAACACUUGUCUCAAAGGCUGAUUCUCCUCUGUUGGCUGGAAACACUUGUCAGAAUGUUGUUUCCCAGGUCGUCUAUGAGAUAGAGACCAAUGGGACUUUUGGAAUCCAGAAAGUCUCUGUCAGUUUUGAACAAACCAACCUGACUGUCGAGCCAGGCACUUCCAUACAGCAACACUUCAUCAUUCGUUUCAGGGCUUUUCGACAGAGCGCCACUGCUUCUCUCCCUGGUCCUAGAAGUGGGAAUCCUGGCUAUCUUGUGGGGAAGCCACUCUUGGCUCUAACUGGCGACUUCAGUCACAAAAUGACCCUCUUACAGAGCCAAGGUGAUGGAACUUGCUCUGAUAAGAGGCACGAAGUACAAUUUGGAGUGAAUGCAAUGUCUGGGUGCAAGUUCAGGCUGAAAAAUGUGGACUGCAGUCGCUUGCAGCAGGACAUGUAUCAGACUCUUCAUGGAAGGCCCAGACCAGAACAUGUUGCUAUCUUUGGUAAUGCCAACCCAGCCCAGAAGGGAGAAUGGACCAGAAUCCUCAGCAGGAACUGCAGCGUUUCAGCUACACAUUGUACUUCCUGCUGUGUCAUACCCGUUUCCCUGGAGAUCCAGGUAUUAUGGGCGUAUAUAGGUCUCCAGUCCAACCCACAAGCUCAUGUAUCAAGAGCCAGAUUCCAAUACCAGUGCCAGUCCAGACAGGAUUCCCAACAAGUAACAGAAGAAGUAUCUUUGACAACUAUUGUGACCUUUGUGGACAUAACCCAGAAGCCAGAGCCUCCACGGGGCCAACCCAGAUUGGACUGGAAACUGCCAUUCGACUUCUUCUUUCCUUUCAAAGUGGCAUUCAGCAAAGGAGCAGACUCUCAGAAAGGCUCAGUCGCUCCCAUCCUUGCCCUGUGUCUCUUACUACUUGGAGUUCUUAGCCUAGAGACUGAGUGAGAAAAGGAGAAGAAUCAGGUUUUAGUUUCCCUAUGGGAAGUCCUGCAGCAGCCUACUUCUGUUGGCUAAUGACCAUAGAGCACUUAGGAUAAUAGAGGACCUAACUGAAGGAAUCUUUGUACAUGAGAAGAGAUUUCAGAAAAGCAAUAAAAAUAUUCACCCUAGCUCUCUGCUGAGAACUCUGCAAAAUAUCAGAUACACAUGAGGUUCUAUACUUCUCAAACAGGGAAGAACACAAAGAGCCCCCCCUCCAGCCCUUCAACUCGUGUUACGCCUGCUAAAGGUUUGCACAGCCUUCAUCCAUCUGCUCACAGGCACACUUGGGCCCAACACCAAAAGGAACAUGUUACUACCGUCCCCCAGAUGAACUUGGGAAUAGCUGUCCUCUGGACUUGAAACAAGCUGACUGUUCAGAACAGAAAACUGCUGGCUACCGGUAUAUAUUUUAUCUGGCUCCUCCCCUCUCCCUGGGACCACACUGCCCAGGCAUGUGUGAGGAAAGCAAUUCUUUCUACUCAAUUUCCAAAAUGAAUGUGGAAUCCCAGCCCUCUUUGCUACUAGUAAAUGACAUACCAUUCAUUUCUGCUCUUUCCUUCCCACCUCUGGGUAAGGAGAAAUAAAACUGAUUGAGAGCUUUGUUGUACUAAUUCCAACAGCACAUAGAAGUUAACUGACAUGUGGUCAGCCUCAUGAUUAUUUUUCUAUAUAUGUGAGGUUUAAAAAGAGGAAAACAUUUUGAUAACACAGCAUAAUAGAAUUUAAAUCACAGGACUUGGGUUCUUUUCCUGGGACAUAGACUCUCUGAAGAUCCCACUUGUGGGGCACU